AUGCUCAAUGAUGACGAUGAGGGUAGCACAACCAACAACAGCCUGACCAUUUCCUCCUCAGCAAAUAAUAAUAGUAACAACAACAACAAUAGAAGGAGAGUAGUAUUUGUUGUCGAUGCAGAGCAACAAAAAGAACACCAUACAAAUGCUACUACUAAUGUAAAUAAUAGUGUGUUGGAAGAGGCUGAACAACAACAUAACGAUAGACAUGUUCAUUUUGGGGAAUUAGUAACGAGUCAUUAUCAUCAUCAUAUGGACGAACAAACACAACAGAAGCCUUCUUCAGAAAUGAUUGCCGAGGGAGUUAAAAGUUUAUCGGUGAGGAAGAUUGCAAAGGAUAAUCUUGUCAAAUAUAACAAGGUUUAUGUAUCGGAUAGGUUGUAUUUAAAGUUGAGAAAACAAGCAUAUAAUGAAAGAUAUUCAGUGGAAUCAGUUCGUUUUCCUAUUAGUGCUAUUGAGGAGAAUGUUAUUUAUUUACUUUUGGGAAAUGGUGAUAAUUUGGGAGUGUAUCAGUGUUCAUUGGAGAAUUCCGAAUCAAAACCAACAAAUUUGAGUGGAAAGAAACAAAGCUUUUUGAAAAACAACACAUCCACUAUUGCUUUAAAUUAUUUUCAACGAGAAUCUAUGAGUGUACAGGAAAAUAGUAAUGUAAAUAUUGUAUCAUCCUAUUUGGAGUGUAUAGUUGAAGAAAAGUUAUUCUCUGACUUUUCUUCUUUCAUAUUUGGAAAUGGUACUAAAGUUACAGUUUUGGAGAGAAUAUCAUUUUCAAUAACCUCUAAUACUUUGUCAUCAUUAUUGCAACAGCGUAAUAAUGAAAAAGUCAAAUUAACAGAAGAAUCUUUGAAGGAACAAUUUUCACAAUUUGUACAAAAGUAUUUAAUUGGCAAUGUAUUUAAAAAGGAUCAACGAGUUGGUAUGGAGUAUUUGACAAAGAAUGGAAAUUCUAAAAAGAAGAAGGAAAUGAUUGAGUUUAUUGUCUCAAAUCUAACUUUUUCCAAAAAUGAUAUUUCAUUAUUUGGGAUUAUUACUUCAAACACUUCGAUAGAUAUAGAGUUACGACCAACUACCGUCUCUAAGAAUUUUUUGAAUAAGGAACGAAUUUUUCAAACACAACCAAUUAUGCAACUAUCAUGCCAACCUUUACUUUUUACUAACUUGACUAAAUAUGACUGUGUAUUCUGCAGUUGUGAACUAAUUGAAUCUGAUAAGAUAAUGACAAAAGAUGGACCAUUGCUUCUUUAUGCUAGAAUAAUACCGAGUAACAUAAUUUAUAGAGUCAUGUUAAUGAAAGGAAUGGAACCAGGUACUAUUCUAAUGGGUAAACACCAACGUCAGAACCUUGCCACUAAUGUGAAUGAGAGUUUGCAAGUGAAAUUUUUCUUUAUGGAUCCUUCGAGAUGUCUUGAGGUUUCAAAUGAUGAAAUGACAAAGAGAGUCAAGGAAAGUAAUCCAUUCAAUUCACUUCAAGAACCAACUUCAUACAAUGAUAGGCAUUUCAGAUCUCUUCAGACAAUAGUCUUCAAAUUGGAUGAAACAAAUGGAAAUAGUAUUUCAUUCAGUAGUUUGAUUUCGUAUAUUUAUUACUUUUUCCAAUAUCACUACUUUGAAAUUGGGCAAGAACUUGCCUUCUCGUUAGAAUACUCUAUCAUUAGGAUGAAAGUAAUAUCAAUCAAUGGCGUUGGAGUGCUUAGUAUGAACAAGCCAAUAGGAGGUUUGCUGGGAAAGAAUACUCUUUGUUAUUUUGAAAAAUCAAGAGCCUUUGAAUACAAGGCAGUUCCAUCGCUUGAUUUACUAGAGUUGCAACAGAGUGUUCACAUAAUGAAAGGAUCUCUAAUAUCAGAAAGUGAUGGAAACAGUUAUUUUGUAAAUACUCUAUGCCCUGAAAAGAGACAACCUCAAUGCUUUGAAAUUGAAAGAUACGAGAAGGCUCCUUCAACAAUUAACAUAAUCCAUCAUGAUCAAUAUCCUUCCAAGGAUGUUUUUAAGAGAGUUUCCAAGUUUAACAAGUCCUUACAAUUUACAAAAAUAAUUAGAUGCACGAAUCAUAACUCUGAUUCAGAAAUUAGACAUAUUGUAUUCAAUUUGGAUUUAAACUCUGUUGAACUAUUUGAUUCUUAUGGAGAUAAGGUUGAAACUGUAGAGGAAGCAACAAUUAAUGAAUCAAUCAAUUUCCAAACCUCGGAAUUUGCUAAAAUUCCAGAAUGGCUAAAACUAUUCAAUACUGGAAGGUUGAAGGCUUGUAAAUUUGAAGAGCUAGCAACUCAUUCUGCCACUACUUUUUACAUGGACGAUUUUGUAAUUUUACAGGGAGGAUGUGAUACACAAGUCAAUGAAAUACAGCCACAAACAACCUUACUCAUCUACUCUAUCAAGGAUAGAAAAUUAAUCAAGCUGGACGAUUCUCAGAACAAAAUGUCACUUCAGCAUCCUCUUAGUAUUUAUCACCACUCUGCUAAUAUUUAUGAGAACGAUAAGCUGCUUCUCUAUGGAGGUUUGAAUUAUGACUCUCAACAGAAAAAGUUUUCAUCCUUGAAUAAUUUGAUUCAACUCAAUCUGAAAACUUUCGAAUGGGAAUAUAUUGAAACAAAGAAUGAAGGGCCAUCUCUCUAUUAUCAUACCUCAACACAAGCUCAUGAUUCUCUAUUUAUUUGUGGUGGAUGUCACAGUAGUACUAGAAUUACAGAGUAUCCUUAUUUGUGGGAACUCAAUUUAUACACAUUAUUUUGGAGAAAAAUCAAAACAGAAGAACCAAAAGAAGAUGUCAAUAUUGGAUGUUACUGUCUUUCACUACUCAAAUUUUGUCCAAUAUUCUCCCAAAUCAUCUUCCUCCAAAUGCACAGAGAACCAAAGGAUGAACACUAUGAUACCAACUAUUACAAAUUAUCCAAGUUACAAAAAGGAUCCAGACAUUUAAAGGAUGAAUCAGGCAAGAAAUUUUCUUCGUCUGUUUUUGCUGUGGAGCUGAGGAAAAAAAUUGCUGAAAUCGCAUCAAAUGAGAAGAAACAUCCUAAAGUUAAAUCUGAACCUAUUAGUAGUACUACUGUAAAAAAGAGGGAACGUGUGGAAGUUGAAGUCCCAACCAAAAAAUCAAAAAUCAAAAAAGCUUCAAAAAAAACCUCUCUCAUCAAUCCAAUUUUAAUAGACUCAUUCAAUACGGCAAAACAAAAAUGGAAAAAAGAAGCUGAGGAUGGAGAACUUUCAGAUAGUGGAGAUCGUAACAUUAUUAUUUUUCCUACAACACUUUGUAAUUAUUGUAACAAACACAGACACAAUUUCAUUGCCUGCGCCAAAUGUGAAGAAUAUCAAUUGUGUUCUGUUUGUUUCAUAAAUCUCGAAUUGGAUCAGCAAGUGAAAAAGAAAAAUCUAAAGAAUGGAAAGACAGCAUUUGAUUAUUGUGGAGAAAACUCAUUAUUUACAUGUAGACCUUGUUUUGAACGUGGAGAUAGUGAUUCAUCUUCUGAUUCUGGAAGCUUUAACCUAGAUGAUGAAAGUUAG